CCAUGCCAUGAACAAUCUAGCCUUUCCACAGCUGGGGGAGUUACCUGGGGUCAGAGCUCUGUCAGAUUUCCUGGAAGAUCCAGGCAAGAUGAUGAAAUACUAUGAGGCGAUUAGUAGAAGAAAUGUAGUCAAUGCAGCUACAGGAGCUACAGCCAUUUAUUUAAUAUCCAAGACUCUGCUAGCAAUGCUCAAAAGUCCUCCCUUCAAUCCAGCACGAAUCAGCUCAUCUGGACUUUCUGUGGAGUCUUAUUCAGUCCCAUCUUCGAGAAUGAAUGCCCCUGGAGAGCUCAGAAGACUCCUGCAAACCCUCCGUCCAAAUCUGGAUGAUGACUCCAAGAGGACCACACUUCACACCAUCACUCAGUGUAUCUAUCUGAAGGAAACAGAGGCCAACGCCUGUACCAAUGAUGAUAUAAAACUGGUAGCAUCCUUCCUGGAUGAUGGGGAUAAAAUCACCAAAAUGGAGGCACUAAAUGCCCUCAAAGCUUUCACUGUUGUCUGGAGGUUUAAAAUCAAAAUACAGGAAUAUGUUCCCAAAAUUAUUGAACUGGUGACCAGCAACUGGGAUAUGAACCUGCAAGUUGCAGGGUUGAAGCUCCUGAAUGGAUUACAUAUACCAAACAGCACUCACUCACUCCUGAGGAGGUUGCUACCGAACUUCAUGGAAAUUCUGCUCGUGGCAAACACUUUGGCCAAGGUGCAGGUUCUCAAGUUUCUUAGCACACUAGCACAAGAGGAAGACCUGCUGUAUGACGUCAUGAACUGCCGGGCACCCCCAGAGUUCCUGAGCCUCUUCCAGCCAUCUCUGCCUGGCAACCUGCUUUGUGAGUUGUUAGUCUUUGUGGAGUGUCUGAGUGUGGGCCGCCUUUCCCCCCAGUACCAGUCUGUGGACUGGCAGUACAGCGAUAACUCUCUUCAUGAAACCAUCUUUGGGGAAAACUCCCGCCUGCCGGACCGUUUGCUUGCUCUCAUCAUCCACCCAGAGGAGGACGUGCAAGCUCAGGCCUGCAAGGUUAUCCCUAGCCUCCGGCUUAACAGGGAAGAGAGCAAGCUGGCCAGUGGACCCCCCUUUGAUGCCAACAUCAGCGUCCAACCUCUUGAGUCAACGAGAAUUAGCCAGGCUGCUAACUCUGUCCUUAGUAACCACCCUUUUGUUCUCAGCACCCACCCCUCUGAUGCCACAGACACUGACACUUCCUUUCACCCCGUCCAUGAUGAUAGUGGCCGCAGUUUCUACCCCCUCCAAGGCACUGACGAGACUGGGGACAGCUUCUACCCCCUUCAGAGGACUGACCACAGCUUCCACCCUCUAGAAAAUGUCAGUGUCAACAGCAGCAGCCGAGUCCUCGAGGACUCUUUUGGCAGCUUCCAUCCUCCUCCAGCUGCUCCCUUAGGUGACAGUGACAGCAGCACUUAAGAAAUCAGUUUAUAGAGGAGCAAGACUAAUAAAGGAGUUGGAAAAGAA